GCAUCCACAAGACAGAAAAACACACGGGCUCACUGCUGACAACAUGAUGGUGCUGAGAGUAGAAGAGCUGGUAACAGGGAAGAAGAACGGCAAUGGGGCCGCAGGGGAAUUCCUUCCUGGGGAUUUCAGAAAUGGAGAAUAUGAAGCUGCUGUUGCUUUGGAGAAACAAGAGGAUUUGAAGACACUUCCAGCCCACCGUGUGGACCUGGAGGAGCAACAACGGAAAAGUGAGAAACUGCGAGAGGCAGAGCUCAAAAAGAAAAAACUAGAACAAAGAUCAAAGCUUGAAAACUUAGAAGACCUUGAACUAAUCAUUCAACUGAAGAAAAGAAAAAAAUACAAGAAAACUAAAGUCCCCGUUGUGAAGGAACCAGAACCUGAAAUUAUUACUGAACCUGUGGAUGUGCCGAGCUUUCUGAAAGCUGCACUGGAGAACAGACUGCCAGUCGUUGAGAAAUUCCUGUCAGACAAGAACAGCCCUGAUGUGUGUGAUGAGUAUAAACGUACUGCUCUCCAUAGAGCAUGCUUGGAAGGACACUUGGCAAUUGUGGAGAAGUUAAUGGAGGCUGGGGCCCAGAUUGAAUUCCGCGAUAUGCUUGAAUCUACAGCCAUCCACUGGGCAUGUCGUGGAGGAAACCCGGAUGUCUUGAAACUGCUGCUGAAGAAAGGCGCCAAAAUCAGUGCCCGAGACAAGCUGCUAAGCACAGCGCUGCACGUGGCGGUGAGGACUGGCCACUACGAGUGCGCCGAGCACCUCAUCGCCUGUGAGGCAGAUCUCAACGCCAAGGACAGAGAAGGAGACACCCCGCUGCAUGACGCCGUGAGGCUGAAUCGCUAUAAGAUGAUCCGACUCUUAAUGACCUUCGGGGCGGAUCUCAACGUCAAGAACUGCGCUGGAAAGACCCCCAUGGACCUGGUAUUGCACUGGCAGAAUGGAACCAAAGCAAUAUUUGACAGCCUCAAGGAGACUGCCUACAAAACCUCUCGCAUAGCUACAUUCUAAGGAAAGAGACUCAACAGGAGCUGUUCACAGGUGUUUUCAAAGCAUGGCCCGAACAGAAGAGCAACCAGCUACACAAUCCAGCUUUUGUUUGCCAGCCGACUAGGGAGAUAUACCUACGGAAGCUUCAGGAAAGCGCUGGGUGAUAGGUGUUAAUAUUUCCUUUAGUGAUGCUCUCCACCUUUAUUUAUUCCUAUUUAUUUAUUUAUUUAUUUGCUCCAGAACACUAGUAUUCAGGCUUUCAUGAGCAUCUUUGGGGGGUGGGGAGAGCAAAACUUCCUCUGUAUGUACCAUUCAGUCUUCCCAGAGAUCUGAAGCCAUGUGGGUGAAUGAUGUCUAAUUGCAUUCUUUUGUGUCCUCGCUCGAAUAAAGCUCUUGAAGGUAUUUUUCAAAGCAAGGGUGAUCGUUGCAGCCCUUCUCUGAAUUCUCACUGCUGAAUGAAUGAAGCAACAGAAGGCCUGAGGUAAUGCAGAAGGGGACAGAAGCGAUCCUUCAGGACAGACACUGAGGCCCGCCAUUCAGCCAUAAGUUUGAUUUAAUUUGGUUGUUUACCAAGUCACACAGUGUCCCAAGGUGAAGAGAAUGUCAAGAGUGUAAGUGCAGGGAGGAGGAGCAGGAGGAAGUGGGCAGGGUGCCCACGAAAAACUGAGUUCCAUGGGGGGAAAAAAGUUGAAAGGAAAUGCACUUGUA